AUGACCCAAUUCGCGUGCUGCUAUCAUGUGUUCACCAACUACGUCAUGGAUGUUACCAUGUGCAUGGGGCCCAGCAUGCUGCCAACAUUGAAUGCGGCAGGGGACGUGGUUCUACUAGAGCACAUCACGCCCGCGCUGCACGCCUUAAAGCCCGGCGACAUAGUCGUUGCCAAGUCCCCCUCCAACCCGCGCAUGAUGGUGUGCAAGCGGAUUGUGGCUAUGGAGGGGCACGAGGUGCAUGCCAUGCCUCCUGCAGCACCCAGAGGGAUGGUGAUUGGCGGAAGAAGCAGGCAUGCGGAAACACAUACAGUGGUCCCACGAGGCCACGUAUGGUUGCAAGGAGACAAUCUCUUCAAUUCCACCGACUCUCGCCACUACGGCCCGGUGCCCCUGGCAUUAGUCAAAGGAAGAGUCUUCUACAGAGUGUGGCCUCCCAGAGAUUGUGGGCCGGUGCGAUGA